AAUUGGUACUUAAACCGGCGACACAUCUCGAAAGCGAAAGUUUUGACGAAAAAUUUCAACCUCCAGAGGAGUAUUACGUUCCAAAAACAUUUGGGACUAUUUGCGCGCAGAUUUGAAGGUCCGUCUCUCUCGCUGUCGCUUUGGAAGACAAUGAUGAUUUUGACCCGACAACCGACACAAACUGUCACCCUGAUCAUGUUAGUUUUUGUCAUCAGUGGAACACGGGGAUAUCGCUUGGGACUUGAAAUCAUUAAUGCGACAUCCUGCGGAAAGUACGAUAAGACUCCAUUGUUUAAAGUUUCUCCAUGGCCUUUCAUUCCUGCUGGGAUUUAUGUUGAUGGUAAUAUAACAUUUACACCUGCGGUAGAUGUUCUUGAAGCAUCCGUACAAUACGAAGCGGUCUCAGAUGGCAAGGUUGUAAUUAAGGGCUGGUACGACAAUAUAUGCGAUAGGCACCCAUACUUGUGCAGCUUACCUGCUGGUGAAACCAAAGUGUGGGCUUUAUCUGGAAAACUGCCGCCCAUUCCUCCAGUUUUAAAGAAUCGAACCUAUAACGCGAAAGUUCAAUUUUUCAAUGAAGAUAAUAUCAUGUUUCUCUGUGGUGAGCUCGUGGUCAAGGUAUGGUGAUAGACGAACAGGACAAACAGGAGUCAAGACUCAAGAAAAGCAUCAGGAAAAAAAUUAGGCAUGGGAAGACAUGCAAAGAGUCGUCUUGCAACCAAUGAUACUGUAAAACAAGAUUUUAAAUUCUAAAAAUAAUCAUUAAAGAUAACUUUAGUAACUUUGAGUAAAUGCCUAGAUUACGUUUUUGUGGCGAGGGAAUCAGCUUAUUUGUGAAACAGCCUGGUAUUUAAGACUGACAUAGGAAACGGGGAACAAUAAGAGGGCGGAUCAGUUCGCGGGAAAAACUGUAAAGUGUAACAAAAAUUACUUAGAUUUAAAUGAGAAAGAUAGUGCAAGGGAGCUAGUGAAGCGGGUGAGAGCCUUUGAACUCUUUCCUACUCACAGCGCUUCCCUGAAAGUCAUCAUUUCAAACAAAUAUUUUAGUAAAAAUGAGAGAGGACUGAUCUGUGUGUAAUCUGGUCUGGUGAGUCGCAUAGCGUACUCAAGACCAGGCCAUUAAUAAAAA